CGAGUACUGAAAUGUACGCUGUCAUCUUUCAGGUUUUUUUGGCGAGGCCUCAGGGACGGAGUCCGUUUGAUUGUUUUUCAUUUUUUUUGGCAAUUGACCCCUCAGGACAGAGCCCACUUAUGUUUUGUUUUAUGUUGAAACAAAAGAAAUUCUUCAUUCCUUAUCACACAUAGUCUAUUGUAUACACGUACUAUGCACUAUGAUCCGCCCGAUAUAUCACCUGAUACAUGAUAACAUAUGCUUGUCUAUUCUAAUCCGUAACAUAUAUUACUACUAUAUUCUUACUAGAUGUCAAAUCGAGAUUGGAGAGAUUCUACGUUCCAAUCCCCAACGGCGGACGGAUAUGGACCCUCAAAUUGGAGUCCAAAAAGCCGAACACACUUCCCAUUGUCAUGGUUCACGGGUUCGCAGCCGCAGCAGGGCUUUUCUUUCUAAAUUUUGAUGCCCUCGCUGAGCACCGAUCUGUCUAUGCGUUCGACGUACUCGGCUUUGGGCGAAGUUCUCGGCACGAGUUUAGCACUAAGCCAGACGUUGUGGAAGAAGAAUUCGUGGAUUCCAUCGAAGAAUGGAGGAAAGCUGUAGAGCUGAAGGAAUUCAUCUUGCUGGGACACAGCUUUGGCGGUUUUCUGGCGGCCUCCUACGCUAUCAAACAUCCCAGCAGAGUCAAGCACCUGAUACUGGCCGAACCCUGGGGGUUUCCAGAGAAGACAGAGAAAGCUGCUAAGGAGUUUCGAGCUCAGACGCCGUUCUUGACGAAGAUUAUGGAUCCUGUACUGUCACACUUUAGCCUCUUGAUGCCCUUUCGACUUGCAGGUCCAUGGGGUGAGCACUGGUAA